ACCCGAGAUUUGCAUAUAAGGUGGGAAGUUCUCCAGCGACAUUGUCAAGAACCCAAGUGAUACUUUUACAUUUUUAUUUGACUUUCUUCCAUUCGUAAGCAAAAUGCCCUCCGCGAUGGACCAACCAAGCGGGGAACCCAGUGGAAAUAACCCACAGGAAGAGAAGAAGAGCUUGCCGGGUUUAUUUUGCGACGAACGGGGCUAUCUGAACCAAGUGGAGUUCAUCCUGGAGCAUGGCCGCAAGAAGGGAGACCGAACCGGUACCGGCGUCAUCUCUGUGUUCGGCGCCCAGGCUCGGUACAGCCUCCGCGAUCAAUUUCCUUUGCUGACAACCAAAAAAGUAUUUUGGAAAGGAAUCCUUGAAGAGUUGCUUUGGUUUAUCAAGGGGUCGACGAAUUCCAAGGAGCUGUCGGAGAAAGGCGUGAAGAUUUGGGACGCCAACGGCUCGCGUAGCUUCCUGGACAAGUGUGGCUUCACUGAGCGCGAGGAGGGCGACCUGGGCCCCGUCUACGGCUUCCAGUGGCGCCACUUCGGCGCCGAGUACACAAACAUGCACGCCGAUUACACAGGGCAAGGCGUGGACCAGCUACAGAAGGUCAUCGACACCAUUAAGAGUAAUCCAGAGGACAGACGUAUCAUCAUGUGCGCGUGGAACGCUAAAGACUUGCCACUGAUGGCGCUGCCGCCCUGCCACGCCCUGUGCCAGUUCUACGUGUGCGAUGGCGAGCUGUCUUGUCAGCUGUACCAGCGCUCGGGCGACAUGGGCCUGGGCGUGCCCUUCAACAUCGCUAGCUACGCCCUCCUCACGUACAUGAUCGCGCACAUCACGGGCCUCCAGCUCGGCGACUUUGUCCACACGUUGGGCGACGCCCACAUCUAUGUCAACCACGUGGAGCCGUUGAAAGUGCAGCUGCAGAGGGAGAUCCGCCCCUUCCCCAAACUGAAUAUCCUGCGAAAAGUGGAACGCAUUGACGAUUUCCGCGCCGACGACUUUGAGAUCGUGGACUACAACCCGCACCCGGCCAUUAAGAUGGAUAUGGCUGUGUGAGACCUGUUGCUUUUUUAGUCCGAAAUUGUCAAAAAAAGGUUCAUAAACACCUCAUAAAGUACAUGUUGCAAAGGAGACAGUCAUGCAGACAGAACUGAAGAAGACUUCUCCUCCUACUCAGUAAGUUGUUGGAAUAUUAUUCUUUUUUUGUUCGAGGGUAGGAAUGUAGGUGAUAUGUAAGUGCUUGAAAGUGGCGGCCCAUAAGAUAGCCUAGCUGUCAAGUCAUGUAAGGGAAUUUGAUGUGGUUCCGGUUAUUUUGCCGACUAAACUCAAGUCAUUCGGCAAACCAUAAUGUUGCGCUUUUCAAGCCGUGUUUAAAAAAAUAAGCAGAUAAGCUAACCUUCCUUUGUACGCAUGUUUAAAAGUGGGUUGUAUUGUAUUGUAUUGAAAAUGUUAUUUAAAUAAAAUGUGCGGUGGGCUUUGA